CACGCAUUUCAUAUAAUUCUUUAUUUUAUUCAAAAUAAUACAAAAUAUAUAACCCACGAAAAGCAUGGGGCAAUUUUCUAUAGUAUAUAAGUAUACUAUACCUUUACUUUCACUAACUCCGACUAUUCAUUCACGAAAAGUCAGAACCCAAAAACAGAAAAUGAAGAUUGAGCUUGUGUUCAUACCUUUGCCGGGGAUUGGUCAUCUCAGGCCAACCGUGAAGCUAGCGAAGCAACUCAUAGGCAGCGAAAACCGUCUUUCGAUCACCAUAAUCAUCAUCCCUUCAAGAUUUGACGCCGGUGAUGCAUCCGCCUGUAUCGCAUCUCUCACCACGUUGUCUCAAGAUGAUCGCCUCCAUUACGAAUCCAUAUCCGUCGCAAAACAACCACCAACCUCCGACCCGGAUCCUGUUCCGGCUCAAGUGUACAUAGAGAAACAAAAGACGAAAGUGAGAGAUGCAGUCGCGGCGAGAAUCGUCGAUCCAACAAGAAAGCUCGCGGGAUUCGUGGUGGACAUGUUCUGUUCCUCGAUGAUCGAUGUAGCUAACGAGUUUGGAGUUCCGUGUUAUAUGGUAUACACAUCGAACGCUACGUUUUUAGGAACCAUGCUUCACGUUCAACAAAUGUACGAUCAAAAGAAGUAUGACGUCAGCGAGUUAGAAAACUCGGUCACCGAGUUGGAGUUUCCGUCUCUGACUCGUCCUUAUCCAGUGAAGUGUCUUCCUCAUAUCCUCACUUCAAAGGAGUGGUUACCUCUCUCUCUAGCUCAAGCUAGGUGUUUCCGGAAGAUGAAGGGUAUUUUGGUAAAUACAGUUGCUGAGCUUGAACCUCACGCUUUGAAAAUGUUCAAUAUUAAUGGUGACGAUCUUCCUCAAGUUUAUCCUGUUGGACCAGUGUUGCAUCUCGAAAACGGCAAUGACGAUGAUGAGAAGCAAUCGGAAAUUUUGCGGUGGCUCGACGAGCAACCGUCUAAAUCUGUUGUGUUUCUCUGCUUUGGGAGCUUGGGAGGUUUCACUGAAGAACAAACAAGAGAAACCGCUGUGGCCCUAGAUAGAAGCGGUCAGCGGUUUCUUUGGUGUCUUCGUCACGCAUCGCCAAAUAUAAAAACAGAUCGUCCCAGAGAUUACACGAAUCUUGAGGAGGUUUUACCGGAGGGGUUCUUGGAACGGACUUUGGAUAGAGGGAAAGUGAUUGGAUGGGCACCACAAGUGGCGGUACUAGAGAAGCCGGCGAUAGGAGGGUUUGUCACUCACUGCGGUUGGAACUCUAUUUUAGAGAGCUUGUGGUUCGGUGUUCCAAUGGUGACGUGGCCGCUAUACGCGGAACAGAAGGUUAACGCGUUUGAGAUGGUUGAGGAGCUGGGUUUGGCGGUGGAGAUACGGAAGUACUUAAAAGGAGAUUUGUUCGCCGGAGAGAUGGAGACGGUUACCGCGGAGGAUAUAGAGAGAGCCAUUAGGCGUGUGAUGGAGCAAGACAGUGACGUUAGGAACAACGUGAAAGAGAUGGCGGAGAAGUGCCACUUCGCGUUAAUGGACGGUGGAUCUUCGAAGGCGGCUUUGGAAAAGUUUAUUCAAGACGUGAUAGAGAAUAUGGAUUAAAUUGGAUAGAGAGAAUAGCAUGUUGACUAUGACUCUAUGAGAUACGAUGACUCAGAUCCAAAUGUUACUUUGUAUAUUAUGUACGAUAUGUCAAAAGAAAAAUGUUUGUUUUUC